UGAAUGACAUGUUGAGGCAGUUAACUGUGAGUUAACUCACUGAAUUUUACUUAAAGGUACCUACCUAUAGUCCUAACAGUGACAGGAGAUAUGAUAUGAUAACAGGUGUCAACACUUUCUUAUCUAUUAUAAACUACCCCUUUGACCCCGCCGUGUUAUCGUUAUUGUUAGAUCUCAUCCCACCCUAUCUCAUACUACCUCAGUUAUUAACUUUUAUAUAUAUUUUUGGUACUCAAUAUAGCCUAUCGAGUUAACAGUCUGCAACUUGCCUCAAGCCAGCCAGCCGGCCAACCACCUAGAUAAAUAGACAUACAUUUGGCAUAUGAUAUAAAUCACCUCAGCCUAACCAGGUACCUACCUACCUACCUACCUGACUAAAGGUACCUGGUAACGAUGGAGACUGCCACCCCCACUGCCAGAUCACCCGUGCCCGUGCCCGUACCCCUCCGCAUCGUCCCGCCGCUCCUCAACUCGGCGAACCCGUGGGCGACGACGAAGGAGGACCUGCGGGCGCUGUACGAGUGCGCGUCGACGGGGGCCGUGACGACGCGGACGGCGACGUUGGACGGGUUCGGGCACGAUGCGGCGCGGCAUCGGUAUGCGUUUUUCGAUGGAGGGACGCAUGCUGCCGUCGUUGGCGGGGUAGGGGGGGAAGAGGGGAUGGGGGCGAGUCUGAAUAAUAUGGGGUAUAGCCCCGUGCCGCUGGACGAGUAUCUCGCGUGGAUCGAGGAGAUAGUGUUAUCGUCGGGGAAGAGCAAAAAGCAGAAGGAGAAGAAGGAGAAGAAGGAGAAGGUGUUUAUCGUGUCGAUCACGGGGUCCCCGGAUGACGUCGCGGAGGGCUAUCGCCGGAUCGCGGCUUUAGCGGCGCGAAUCGUCGACGGUGCUGGUGCUGAUUAUGAUAAAGAGGGACAAUACGUCCCCGUCCCCCUCGCCGUCGAGAUCAACCUCAGCUGCCCGAACAUACCCUCCGCCCCGCCGCCCGCGUACUCCGCCGCGGGGCUCGAGGCGUACCUUGAGGCGGUGGCACUUGCCGCUACUACUAUUACUACUACUGCUGCUGUUGAUCGCGGGGGAUCCAAGGCGGAGCCGGGGAAGGGCAAGGUGGUCGGUGUGCCGUGGGGCGUUAAGAUCCCGCCGUAUACGCACGCCGGACAGUUCGAGAUGCUUGUCGGUGCGCUGAAGGGUCUUGCCGCGCAUACGAAGGCCGCUAGCGGUGGUGGGGAUGAUGAUGAUGACGGUCGGUGUCCGGUAGGGUUUGUCACGGCGACGAAUACGCUUGGUUCGUGUCUGCUGCUGGACGGGACGGAGGGGAAUAGCCCGGUGUUGGGCGGAGAAGGGGUUAGUGGGAUUGGAGGGAUGGCGGGGGCGCCGUUACAUCCCUUGGCGUUAGGCAACGUGGCGACUCUGCGACGGAUGCUAGAUUCGUCGCCGGAAACUGCGUGCGUGCAGAUAAUAGGGGUUGGCGGCGUCUCGGAUUCGGCUGGGUAUAGGCGGAUGAGGGACGUAGGGGCCGCGGCUGUAGGUGUGGGCACGGCGCUGGGGAAGAAAGGGGUUGGGGUAUUUCGUGAGAUUGAGGAUGGGCUGAGGGUAUCGGCGGGGGAUGGGGAUGGGGAGGCGGUAAAGUGGUGAUGUGAUAUGAUGAUACUCAAAGUGGUCUAUGAUGAAACUGACAAAAUCUAUGCCAACUCAUGUUCUAAUGGGGUUUCAAGCCGACGUAUUUUGCAACGAGCUACUCUUGAAAACGGGUUAUUCCAUCACGAUGCCAUAUAAUGA